CGUGUGACUUCAGAGAAUUUGUUCAACCUCAAGUUUGCAGCCAAAGAACUUCAGCGGAGCUCCAAGAAAUGCGACAAAGAAGAGAAAGCGGAGAAGGCCAAGGUCAAGAAGGCAGUCCAGAAGGGCAAUAUGGAGGUUGCCCGGAUACAUGCGGAAAACGCCAUUCGCCAGAAGAACCAAUCAGUGAACUUCCUCCGAAUGAGCGCAAGAGUGGAUGCGGUGGCUGCGCGAGUACAGACAGCAGUCACCAUGAACAAGGUACACAAACU